AUGGGCAUCUCAGUAGGGUCCAGGCUUUCCUUUGAUGGCGCCCUUUGCACAGUCCGCUAUAUCGGCGAAGUCAAAGGAACCAAGGGGCAGUGGCUUGGUGUUGAAUGGGAUGAUCCGAAUCGGGGCAAACACUCAGGAGAGCAUAACGGAGUGAAGUAUUUCCAAUGCAAAAUCAAACACCCAACGGCGGGCUCCUUUGUGCGUCCCACGAGACAGCCUGACCAAGCUCUAAGCUUUCUACAAGCUGUAAACGAAAAAUAUGUCUUAGAGCUUAAGCAUAUGCCCACCGGCCAUGUAGACGUGCCGCCGUCCAAACCCAUUGAGAUCAGCGGCAAAAUCGUCGAAGAAGUCGGAUUUGAGAAAAUCCGUAAACAACUUGCCCAAUUGCAGGAGCUUCGAAUCGUUCUCCUUGAUUGCAUGCGACUUCACGGCGUCCUGGCUAGUGAGGGAACAAGAGAAACAUAUGAAAAUGAGCUUCAAAGCAUAGGAAGGACGUGUCCAAAGAUCGUCGAACUGGAUCUCAGUCGAAAUCUUCUUCAAAAAUGGACAGACAUUGCAGAUAUAUGCAACCAGCUCAAACAUCUAAGAAUCCUAAAACUAAACGGAAAUCGGAUUGAUGAAAUCGAUGAUGGUGUCACAAUUGGCAGUGCAACUGAAUUGGCGCUGGACGAAACUUUUAUGGAAUGGAAAGAGGCCGCAGCCGUCUCGAAUCGCUUCCCCCUUCUAAGCUCUCUGUCGCUAUCUGGCAAUGAAUUUACAUCGAUUUCGUGCCCACUAUCGGAAACUAUCAAAGAGCUUACACUAGAAUAUAAUCGAUUCGAUUCCAUUCAUGCCCUUCGACAGUUGACUUCCCUCCCUAGGCUAAAGAAGUUAUCCCUUCGUGGAAACAAUAUCGACAAAAUUGGCCCGGAAUGCUCAGCAAUAUCAACGGGUGGGGAUGACGUGGUGUUUUCUCCAAUGCUUACUUCCCUUGAUAUUUCAUUGAACAAGAUAAACUCGUGGACCUUUAUCAAUCUACUUCCUAAAGUUUUUCCUGGGCUCACCAGUCUUCGAGUCUCGGAUAACCCAUUAUACGAUCAACCACCCGCGUCUUCACGUAUCACAAAUCUACCAGAACAACCGAUGACGGUAGAUGAAGCAUAUAUGCUUACACUUGCGCGUCUCUCUCAGCUUGAGACCCUCAACUACAGCAAAAUCACACCUCAAGAUCGCAAUAACGGAGAGCUAUACUACUUGUCACUUAUCAGGAAAGAGUUAGCCGCAUCUCCCAAAAGUGCAGAGCAACGCAUUUUACAAUCAUAUCCACGAUACAGAGAACUUUGCGAUACACAUGGAGAGGUUGCAAUAAAACGCACCGGAGAGGGCUCUGGAAACGGAAUACACCCGCGCUCCCUCGCAGCUCGACUCAUUACCUUCAACUUCUACAUACCAAACCAGUCCAAGAAGUCCAGUGGAGAGACACCUGGGGCAGUCGUAGGCUCCGAGUACAGCAUCGAUAUCCCCAAGUCCUUCGAUGUCUACCGCAUCAAAGCAAUCGUGGCCCGCCAUUUCUCUCUGACUCCUCUCCGUUUCAAACUGAUCUGGGAAACGAACGAAUGGGAUCCCUUCUACGAAUCGAAACCUGAAGACGAUGAGUGGGAUAGCAGUGAUGAGGGUGGUGAUAAGCAGUAUGGACAAGGCGAUGGUUCAGUCAUGAAACACGAAGAUGGCAAGAAACUUGUCCGCCGCGAGGAGGAGCUGGUUGACUCCAUGAGCGAGGUUGGAUUCUGGUUUGCGGACGAUAUUCGACAGGUAAAGGUGCGGGUUGAGGUAUUCUAG